GCAGAAGAGUGGAAAGCUGCUGCUGAUGGCAUUGUUUUUGUGGCAGCGGCUGAAUGACAGACUUUGCCUACAAAGAUACACCCUCGGCCCCUCUGUAGCCUUCUUGGUUCCGGCGUUUCACCAUGCCAGCGCAGCGCCAUGAAUCCUGGAUGCAUGCUGCUAUUUGUGUUUGGCUUCGUUGGCGGGGCGGUGGUCAUUAAUUCUGCUAUCUUGGUGUCUCUCUCGGUUUUGCUGCUUGUGCACUUUUCUAUUUCUACUGGUGUGCCAGCUCUGACGCAGAACCUACCAAGGAUACUCAGAAAGGAGCGUCCGAUAUCACUGGGCAUAUUCCCGUUACCUCCAGGAGAUGCACUACUUACACCUGAAACUCAGAGAGAAGCUGGAGAAACGCCUGGGUCAGAGCACUGGAAAUUCCAUGAGCUAAGCCAGCCACGGUCCCACACAAGCCUAAAGGAUGAGCUCUCUGAUGUUAGCCAAGCAGGCUCAAAAUCUACUACUCCAGCGUCUGCAGCUGCUUCAGAUGUACCUGUACUGCCUGCUGAAACUCCUCAAAAGGAAGAUGUUGAAGGGCUUGCAAAGGACACAGAUAUGCCGAAUGAGAAGCCGGAUAUAAGCAAGAAUAUUGAAGUACAGGUAGCUCAAGAGACAAGAAAUGUGUCCACUGGUGGAAAUGAAAAUGAAGAAAAAUCUGAAGUUCAGGCAAUCAUUGAGUCAACUCCAGAGUUGGAUAUGGAUAAAGAUCUCAGUGGAUAUAAGGGUUCUAGCACUCCUACCAAAGGCAUAGAGAACAAAGCAUUUGACCGUAAUACAGAGUCACUCUUUGAAGAGCUGUCAUCUGCUGGUUCUGGCCUAAUUGGAGAUGUGGAUGAAGGUGCAGAUUUACUGGGAAUGGGUCGUGAGGUUGAAAACCUGAUUUUGGAAAACACUCAGCUGUUGGAGACAAAAAAUGCACUGAAUGUAGUGAAGAAUGAUUUGAUAGCAAAGGUGGAUGAAUUGACCUGUGAGAAGGAUGUACUACAAGGUGAAUUAGAGGCUGUAAAACAAGCAAAACAAAAGCUGGAAGAGAAGAACAAGGAACUGGAAGAAGAACUGAGAAAAGCUCGUGCAGAAGCAGAGGAAGCAAGACAGAAAGCUAAAGAGGAUGAUGAUAGUGAUGUCCCCACGGCUCAGCGGAAGCGUUUUACUCGUGUUGAAAUGGCCCGUGUUCUGAUGGAAAGAAAUCAGUAUAAAGAGAGGUUGAUGGAGCUUCAGGAAGCUGUCCGGUGGACUGAGAUGAUAAGAGCAUCAAGAGAAAAUCCAGCCAUGCAAGAAAAGAAGAGAUCAAGCAUUUGGCAGUUUUUUAGCAGGCUCUUCAGUUCAUCUAGCAAUACAGCUAAGAAACCAGAACCUCCUGUCAAUGUUAAAUAUAAUGCUCCAACCUCACAUAUUACUCCAUCAGUCAAGAAAAGAAGCAGCACCUUAUCUCAAUUACCCAGUGACAAAUCUAAAGCCUUUGAAUUCCUCAGCGAAGAAACGGAAGCCAGUUUAGCUUCACGCAGAGAGCAGAAGAGAGAGCAGUAUCGCCAAGUGAAAGCACACGUUCAGAAAGAGGAUGGUAGAGUGCAAGCAUUUGGCUGGAGUCUACCUCAGAAGUACAAACAGGUGGCAAAUGGUGGCCAGAGUGACAAUAAGAUGAAGAACUUGCCUGUACCUGUUUAUUUGAGACCUUUAGAUGAGAAGGAUACCUCUAUGAAGCUGUGGUGUGCUGUAGGGGUAAACCUAUCAGGAGGGAAAACACGAGAUGGUGGAUCUGUGGUUGGUGCUAGUGUGUUCUACAAUGAUGUGACUGGUACAGAUGCCGAUGGCAACAAGCAACAAACAGGAUCUCAAAGUAGCUUAGAUAGGCUAGACCAGGAGCUCAAGGACCAACAGAAGGAGCUGAAGUAUCAGGAAGAAUUAUCCAGUCUAGUCUGGAUCUGUACUAGCACACAUUCUGCUACAAAAGUUAUCAUUAUUGAUGCUAAUCAACCUGGAAAUAUUCUGGACAGUUUCAUUGUUUGCAAUUCUCACGUACUUUGUAUUGCAAGUGUACCAGGGGCAAGGGAAACAGACUAUCCUGCAGGAGAAGAAGGGUCCCAAGAAGCAGAUCCCAGUCAAGUGGACAAGUCAUCCCUGUGUGGAAGUAUGACUAGCAACAGCUCUGCAGAAACCGACAGCUUGCUAGGAGGAAUAACAGUGGUUGGCUGUACUGCAGAGGGUGUCACAGCAGCACCUGUAGCUCAUGAUGCGAACGGUGGCUUGCCAAUGGCAGAUAAACAAUCAGAUACUGCGACUGAAAGUAAUUCAGUAGAUGAGAACAUUCCAACAGCAGAGGAGGCAACAGAAGCAACAGAAGUCAAUGCAGGGACAGGAGAAGACACAACUGAUAUUGCACAAACUGGAGUCUACACAGAGCACGUCUUUACAGAUCCUUUGGGAGUGCAAAAUACAACAGAGGCAUCUCCAGUGUACCAGCCUAGUACUGAGUCAGAGUUAUAUAAAGACGUUGCAGUUUUGCCAAAUGAGCAAGAUCUAGUGAGAGAAGAAGCACAGAAAAUGAGUAGCCUUUUACCAACGAUGUGGCUUGGAGCACAGAAUGGAUGCCUGUAUGUUCAUUCGUCAGUGGCCCAGUGGAGGAAAUGUGUUCAUGCCAUUAAACUUAAAGAUUCUAUUCUCAGUAUUGUACAUGUAAAAGGAAUAGUAUUAGUUGCACUAGCGGAUGGAACGCUAGCGAUAUUUCACCGAGGAGUUGACGGUCAGUGGGAUUUGACGAAUUAUCACCUCUUAGACCUGGGCCGGCCACAUCAUUCGAUAAGAUGCAUGACAGUGGUACAUGACAAAGUCUGGUGUGGCUACAGGAACAAAAUCUAUGUUGUUCAGCCAAAGGCCAUGAAAAUAGAGAAGUCAUUUGAUGCACAUCCAAGAAGAGAAAGCCAAGUGAGACAGCUGGCAUGGGUGGGUGAUGGGGUAUGGGUGUCUAUUCGUUUGGACUCCACCCUCCGUCUCUAUCAUGCACACACGUAUCAGCAUCUACAAGAUGUGGACAUUGAACCUUAUGUAAGCAAAAUGCUAGGUACUGGUAAACUGGGAUUCUCAUUUGUGAGAAUCACAGCUCUUAUGGUGUCUUGUAAUCGUUUAUGGGUAGGAACAGGAAAUGGUGUCAUCAUCUCCAUUCCAUUAACAGAAACUGUAAUCCUCCACCAGGGACGUUUACUGGGGCUGAGGGCUAAUAAAGCAGCAGCAGGCUCCGGAAAUCGUCCAGGGAGUGUAAUACGUGUAUAUGGCGAUGAGAACAGUGACAAAGUGACUCCAGGAACGUUCAUACCGUAUUGUUCAAUGGCACACGCACAGCUUUGCUUCCAUGGGCACCGGGAUGCUGUUAAAUUCUUCGUCGCUGUACCUGGUCAGGUUGUUUGCCCACAGAGCAGUGGGGGAACAGAGCUAACAGCUGAUAAACCAGCCCAAGAGUCCUUCAACCAGAGUCCUUUGAAAUCAAUGUUGGUGAUAAGUGGUGGAGAAGGAUAUAUUGACUUCAGAAUGGGUGAUGAAGGUGGAGAAUCUGAACUCCUUGGAGAAGCUCUACAACUUGAACCUUCUGUAGCCAAAGCUGAGAGGAGUCACUUGAUAGUGUGGCAAGUAAUGUGUGGCAGUGAGUGAGCCUGUAGGAUGCAGCUGGAGACCUUAAAAAAGAAAAAGAAAAAAAAAAAAAGGAAAAAAAAAAAAAAGAAGCUUCUGCAUGUUUUUUUUUUUAUUUUGUGAAACCUGUUUCACUACAUGAUGUUGAAGCGUUUCUUUGCUGGUUUAACUUUAUAUUGCAAAUCUGUCAUACCUUUAACUAUACAGGAAUUAGCUUGUGCUGUUUUACUGCACCUGUGUUACAUGGAACAGUAUCAUGAGAUCGGAUCUCUCUCAGAACUGGUGUGCACACCUUAGUAAGCAACUGAGACAUCAGUUUUACUGUACCACAGCAAUCUAAUGUAGUUCACUUCUUCAGUAGUCUCACUUGAGUUCAGCUUUAUUACAACUGAGCUUCAUUUCGCUGUAUAAUGCAUUGAGUAAAACAGCAAAGUUAUUCCCAGAGUACUAAAAAAUUGACAAAUUAUAAGACGGAUUAUUAAGGCUCAUCCAAAUACUCAGUGAGGGCUAAAGCAAU